AUGAAGCUUUCAUUGUUCAUUGCCUGUACACUUGCCCUUCUCUCUGUAUCUGUCAAGGCAGACGAACUUCAGGAUCAGAUCGACCAAGCACAAAAGAAGUUUUGUGGCGGUGUUGCUCUCUCAAAUCCUUCUCAGGGCCAAGUGUUUAGUGAUCCCACAAAGGUUACAGUCACAGUCACAAGAGUUCCUGAUGCUCAAGCCAAAGUGGUUUAUUCCAUUGCUGAUAAUGGUCAAGUCAAUGUUGACAUUUCAAAGACUGCCGGCGUCACUCUGCCUUCUCAGUUUGAGUUCCGUGUUUGGGUUCAUAAUGCUGCAGGACCUGACUGUACUCUGAUGUCAAAGGUUUUCAAAGUCACUUCUCCAACUCAUACUAAUGCUGACACCGAGGCAUUUGAUAAUCUCAAUGUGGAUGUGGGUCGAGGAUGUUUCGGGCUCGAUAUCACCAAGCCAGAAUUGGGAGAACAUGUAAAAGCAGCCCCUGCCUCCCUUGUUCAAAUCGGUAGCGACUCGGCUUCUCAUGUAGAAACCUACAAGCAACUUGAACUCUUCAAGGUUAACCUCGAUAGUCGUGAGGCUGUCAAAGUAAACGAUGUCUGGACAGGCCAAGAAAAUGCCCACCAACUCUUUACUCUCAAGACUGAUCUAAGCAACGUCCAGUCCGAGUCAAACACAGCCUAUUACUACAAGUUGACGGCUGAUACUUUACACAGUGAAACUUGUUCCUUUUACUCUCAUCCAUUCUAUAUUGACUCUGCUUAA